AUGGCGGUACCACGGGAGAAGGUACAGGCGGUAAGGAAGCGUCUCGACCCUCUCGCUCCAACCAUGGCGUGGACGCCACCUGCAGAUGGCCGCUGCGUCUGGGACAAGCUGCCUGCAGAACUGAAGGACAUCGUCUUCGAGAUGGCGUACGUUCCGAGCAAGCCCAUUCAACCACUUUCGAAGUUCAUGUGGGAUUGGCAAGAAGGUCAACUUCGUCAAAAGAACGGCGAGGACUAUUGGCCAGGACGUUUCUUCACCAUCGCCGAGCAACGCUUCAUGGUCAGCCGCGAAUGGUGCUCAGCGGCCCUCAAGGUCUUCUACAAGCACGCCACAUUCUACCUCAAGGACGAUGAGGUCCUCUACCAUAUCCUGGUCGACAUGGACAAGGACGGUUGGCCACACCCUUACGCAGAAAGCAUCACCUCCAUCGUGGUGCCAAUUGGAGUCGAACCUGAGGAUGGAUGGGUCAUACCUAAUCCUGACCCAGAUGUGACUCCAGCAUGUUUAGUGAGAGUCGUUAACGCAUGUCCGGCCUUGAUGCGACUGGAAGUCCGAUACACGAAAGACGUCUUCCAGUCCGACUUCGGAUGGUUGGAGCCGGAGGACUUCAACGACGCAGGCGAAGCUGACUGGACUAAGCUUCACCUGUUCACAGAACUGUCGAGCCUUCACGGCAUUUCCGACUUGAGCCUCGUGCCCAUUGAAGAGGGGCCUGGCAAGUGCCAACCAUCUUGCUACGAUACUUUUGUGUGUCGUGAGUGUGUCAAGCGACCAUACCGAGAGGUCACGGAUGAGCCGACUCUAAACGAUUUCAAGAGGAUGGAAGACUUGCUGCGACCUGUGGUUGCUUGA